GAAUAUAGUACACAGUGAAGAUGUUGACCUUGAUUGGCCGUAGUAGGUUGCGGUUGCGGUUGGUGUUCCUUUACUCAAUUCUACUUGCUUUCUUAAUGGCGGUUCUCCCUCAAUUUCUCAAACCCUAAACCUUUCUGUUUGAAACUCUGAUAAUCAUCAAUUAUCACAGCCAUUGAUGCCAUAGCUUUAUCUGGAUUCUCAUGAGCUGUAAGUUAGCUAGGUCUGGCAAUGGCUGAUGACACAACAACCCUAAGUUACUGGUUGAACUGGAGGUUCUUCCUGUGUGCAUUAUGGGUCGUCAUUGCUAUGAUAGCAGCAGCAAUUUUAAUCAUUAAAUACGAAGUCUUCAACAAAAGAACAAGUCACAGAAAAGAAGAUGAACAUGAUGUGGAACCAAUUGGGAUCUUGUAUGAAGAUGAAACUUGGAAGACCUCUUUGAAAGCACUCCAUCCUGUUUGGUUGCUUGUUUACAGAUUAAUUGCAUUUGGUGUCAUGUUAGCAGUUCUUAUUGCUAAUCUGAUAACCGCUGGACCCGAUGUACUUUUCUUUUACACUCAGUGGACAUUUACUUUGGUGACUGUAUAUUUUGGGCUUGGAUCUUCACUUUCCAUUCAUGGAUGUUAUAAAUAUUGGAAUGAAGUUGAUGAUGAUAAUAACAAUCAUGUUUUAGACACAGAAAGAGGCACUUACAUUGCUCCUUCAGAGGGAUUAAACUCCCACAGAAUCCCCAUAAACCCUAACAACAAUCACAAAGAAACCCAUGAGAGAAAGACUGCUGGUAUAUGGGGAUAUUUCUUUCAAAUAGUCUUCCAGAUAUGUGCAGGAGCUGUUGGACUCACUGAUAGUGUCUUUUGGUUCAUAAUCUAUCCGUUUCUUACCCCUGCAGGGUACAGUUUAACUUUAUUGGAUGUUAGCAUGCAUUCUCUCAAUGCCAUUCUCCUCAUUAUUGACAUGAUUCUCAAUCGCCUACGAUUCCCUUUCUUUCGUUUGGCAUAUUUUGGUCUAUGGACAUGUAUAUUUGUCAUUUUCCAGUGGAUCGUUCAUGCUUGUGUAUCAAUGUGGUGGCCAUAUUCCUUUCUUGAUUUAUCAUCUCCAUAUGCUCCCAUUUGGUAUUUAGGAGUGGGAUUGAUUCAUCUCCCUGCUUAUGGCAUCUUUGCACUCUUAGUUAGAGGGAAGCAACUUUUAUUAUCAAGAUUUGUUGACACAAAUGGAGCUUAAUGUAGCAGGAACUCAACCAUUUUACUUAUAAAAAAAAUAAAGGAAUUAACUCCAAGAUCCUAAAGGAGUUGGUGAGUAGAAGAUGCAGAAUCUCAAUUAUGUGAUGUAAAUUAGGGAUUCUAAUUUCAUUUCUAAUUUCUGUUGUAUGUUUAGAUUAGGAAAACAUAUUAUUAGCCAUAUUAAUGUAAACAUGUCUCUUUAUUUUAUAUAUAUUGUAGAUAGUGUCGUCACACAUAAAUUAUGGAUGACAAUUUCUCA